CAUAUGCACACGACGAGGGGGGUGCCGGCUCUCCUCGUGACUCGAGAGGAGAGGCCAAUGGGAUCUGUGUAGCCAUUUUUAGAGGGCUCGUUCCGAAACGAUCGUGCUCGUGGCUUUGGCAGCAUUCAGUCCGAAGCGGUCAUCCGGGUUGGCAGGGUUCUGAAGUCGCGAGAGGGAAUCUACCCGGAUCUUCUCUCGACGAUCGUCGGCCGUCCGCGUAGGAACGCACCCCAGGUGUAUUGCGCCGAGAUGAUUUUCCGGGUAUAGAGGGUUUAGCGCCCUUCAUGCGCUAAGAGGGUGUUUCAGAUUCUUCGUUGAAGAGAUUCAAGAGAUUCUUUCAGAAGCGCGACGGAUUACGUAACGCAUUCGCGAAACGAGGUUGUGGCAAGGACACGUAUCGAGAUAUCGUUCGGACAUCCGUUGGAUGUUUCCGUACUUCCAGUCGGGGUGAAUAGAAGAGAAUGGACCUCGCUCAGGGAGCUGACCGGAAUUCAGAUGAGUUAAGUUCGAUGACCGGGCGACCGUUCCGUGCUUCCUUACUUCCCAUAGUGAAUGUGACAUAUGGAAUGUAAAGAAGUAUGGAGCUGGGCUCUGGUGAAUCGUCGCAAGGCGGAAUCGCCCUUCGAGAAACUCCCGAAGUCGCGAUGACGAAGACGAAGAAAUCCAUCGCGAAUGAAAGGAACGAAAAACGGAAAGAACAAGAACGUGGCGAAAGAAUGACAGCGAGGAUAACAGUGCCGUGUAUAAGAGUCAAACAAAUACAUUCGAAGAGAAAUCUCGCGGAUACUUCUUCGGCGGUGCAGGAUCCUGGGAUCGGCAGCAGCCAGCUGCCAGAAAUAGAUUGCUUUCGCGCAACGAACGGCGAUACGGCUCCGGCAUCACUCCAUGUACAUAUGGUCCUCUAUUUAUGGCUUUGGUGCUGCUACCAUGUGGUCACCACUUUUAUUAGCCCCACGAGAUACGAGCUCUUCGUCAUUCUUAGCGCGAUGACAGGACUCGUCGUCUCUUCGUAUCCUUCUCUUCGAUAUCAUGAAAAGCACGUAUCUUCUCCGACGAGGAAGACGAGAUGCGGAAGGAAGCGGACAGGCGGGCGAGGAAGAGGACAGGCGCGUGCUGUUUUCGAGCCCGAAAUAGGACCCACGCACAACCGUCGCCAUGUUUCCAGAAAUAAGUUCUCCGGUUACAAGGUCUAUUUCCGUUUCGCGGGCCGGCGACCGGUGCCACAUUGAUUGGCGGAGGCGCGGCGAACGAUCAACGUAUGCAGCUGCAGGUGCGAUCUCGCGAUCUCGCACAGGAAUACCUACCACGCGCGCACGAUAUUUGAUUUUGGUGCACUCGAGAGAGAAGAUUUAGUGUCGGUUGUAACUUGAUGGUCAGCUAGUGACGCCUGUGACACUCGGUGCGAUCGAUUUAUAAUUUACAUAACGAGAACGAGCUAGUUCUAAUCACUGCGAGCGAGUAACACGAUUAGGUGAAUACAUGCAAGACACGGUCCUUGUAAUCUCGGGGAUGAACCCGUCGCAGAUCUCCUUGUCUCUUCCAAUUCGAUAUUUCAGUUACUUUUCAAAAUAUAAGAGAAAUGCUAUUUCAGGAAAUUAUAAUUGUGAUUGUUUGCACGAAAAGUUUCGUGCUUUCUGUAAAAGUGAUCUCUAUUAAUACUAGAGAUUUAUUGUUAAAUCUUAUUAGAAAUUAUUCUAGUUAAUUUUACGUAUUUCAU